AUGACGAUGGACGAAGGCAGGGAAUCAGGUUUUAUUAACAGUCAACCUAGUAUCGCAGAAUUUAUGACUUGUGUCGGCAGUAUCAAUGAAAGUGCUAUGCCACCCUCAUCCAUCACUGUCCAAGAGUUAGGGUUACGCGGGGCUUACUGUCAGCCCUUCGCAGCAAAUACCCACCCACAGGCCGGCCUCACCCCACAGGAUGACCCCAGGGCCAUGGGGGCCGACCCCACAGGACGGGACCCGUCCGGAGUAGGACUCGGAGACGGGUCCGCACUAAAAUUUCAGGAGUAUGCAUGGAUGAAGGAAAAGAAACCGGUUCGAAAGCAGUCCCCCGGAGACCCGAGCCCUGGAGGGCAAUCUGAUAUAGCUCCCGAGUUUGUCCCGAUACAUCCCCAGAAUGCCACGACGCCAACUAGUAACGGAACUGGCGGAACCGGAAGUGGCAGCAGUAAUGGAAGUGGUGGUAGCGGCGGUACGCGUAGACUACGGACAGCUUAUACAAACACUCAGCUGUUGGAAUUGGAAAAGGAGUUCCAUUUUAACAAAUAUUUGUGUAGACCUCGACGAAUCGAAAUAGCAGCUUCACUGGAUCUCACAGAAAGACAAGUCAAAGUUUGGUUUCAAAACAGGCGAAUGAAAUACAAACGACAAACACAGUCGCAACGACAGAAAAUGGAAAAUGGUGGUAAAACGUUUUCGUUGGAUUGUGGUAUGGAUAGUCCUACAUCAUCAGAGGGAAGUUGUGAGAGAUUGGAGAAUGCUGAAGGUAAACACGAAAACAUGGAAAACAACGGACAGUAUUCUUCUGAUGGAACCGAAACAAAAACAUUAGAACAUAUUCUAAAGGCCAGCUCCCCGGGAAGCAGUGACGAGGGUAACAGUGAACCCCCGGGUAACGACAAUAACAGAGACGUUACCAUAACAAACGGUAUAGACAUUGUUGAUGAUCGAAAUGUAAGCGAGACAGAGAAGGUCAUUGAUUUGGAGAAAAAUCAGACAUCAAAGCAGACCGUCGACCCGAACGGAAACCAACACUCGACUUCAUCGUUUGACUUCCAAACACUUAACAGCCCUGAUUCAUCAUGUGCAUGCAAUAUCGCGAAUAGUAAAGAUAACAUGGACGAUUCGAAGAUGCAUGUGCUUGAUGACGUCACAGAGGUGUCGAGUGAGGUUUUGACAGGUAGAACGGGAUUAGAGUAUUCACCUGUGUUACUGCCUUGUAGCACGCCUCCUAGUACUGCCAAGUCAUUGGUAUCUAAUUGUGUUGAUUUUAAUCGAACUAAUUCCAACCCUGACAUGAGUCAUGGAACACCCCAAUACUCCUCGUCGUCUCUAAAGUCUAGCCCGGUUCAACGAGAUGUUUGUAUUAAUAGAAAUAGACACGAGAAUGGAUUUAUAAAUAAUAAAGGUCGCCCGGACGCUUGUUCAGGAACAUUGAAUGCAACGGAAAAUUUGUCUCAACAGUUUGCGUCAUAUGGCAAUACAUAUGUGGAACAAUCACGAUUUUCUUCGGCACCGUUACCCUACAACUCUGGAUUCCCUCCAACUAAACCCCAUAAUAUGGCUACUACUAACAUAUCUCCAUACCAGUACCAUAAUACAAGAAUGGGUCACCCUGAUAUCAAACAGGCUGAGUCAGCCCGUUCAUCAAUACCACAACAACAACACAUGGGUAACUAUAAUUCCGGACAGUAUGAUUCCCUUAACAAUAAUAACUAUGGUAACAACAUGAAACGGAGCAUGCGUGGUUCGUCCUCUGUGUAUUCAUUUCCCAGCAUUCAAUUUCGUACCGGUGGAUUAGCAGCAACAGAUUCGUGGAAUAAUGAGACAGCGCAUUCUCCAGUCAGCAGUGACGGUUUCGGUAACAACGAACACGGUGCUGUCAAUAGUCCAUUAUACCAAUACCGAGUAAACACCGGGAUACACUGUCAGACUUCCUACACACAGCCGCCAUCCCGAUACAACCAUGCAACACAAUCUGAGAACAAUAGCAUAGCAACCCGACAUGGCAGCCAUAAUGGCGGUUAUAUGGCCAAGCAAGUGACUUAUCCCCAGCUGCCUCAUCGUAUGGAGCAGAAUUCAUCAAAUUCACUUUAUGGUAUCAAUUACGUUGAGAGUUACUCGCAGGACGUUAAUCACGUAAUGAACUCUCGCCAACUCUCGACCGAAACGUCAAUACGAACGUUAGCGGGCCACCACGGUCCUGAAUCUGAUUACCCUUCGGAACAAUACUCUGCUAAUAUGGCGUGUAACGACCCGGGAUCCUCGGACCUCAGUGGUAUAUUUAAUGAGUAUUUUAAUAGCCAACAAACAGAAUAUCAAACCAUAUAA